AUGGCCGGCACACAGCUCCUGCCAACGACCAACUUUGGCGUCGUCUCGACGCCCAAGCCUGACGUCUUUGUGGCGAUACCGCCGUCAUCGCCAACGAUGCACGAUAUGAAGCGGGCGACGUCGCGGUCCACGAAUCGCUCGUCCUCCCGGCGCCGCCUCAGUCGCCUCGAGUCGAUGAUUCCCGAAGAGCAAUCCAAGGCGCUUCAGCCGACGCGCGCGCUGUACGUCACCAUCACGGUUGCGCUCAUGGGCACCUUUCAACUCGGCUGGAUCCUCACGCAGCUCAACUACAAGCCGUUCAACUCGAAGUGCGGCGAGGACCCGAUUCCGAAGGACAACUGCAUCAUGUUUCCCGGCCACUCGGGCAACGAGUGGACAAUGGCCGUCACGUCGUGGACCAUCGGUGCAGCCAUCGGCACCAUCGGCAGCAGCUUCCCCGCUGACAAGUAUGGCCGUCAGCGCACCUUGUACCUCAAUGCGAUGGUCAUGAUUCUUGGUGCGCUCCUUCAGAGCGCGUCCACGGGUAUCUAUCUCUUUGCGUUUGGGCGCCUCGUCUCGGGUAUCGCCGCCGGCGCCGCUGUCAAUGUCGCCAACGUCCUCGUCUCCGAGAUCUCGCCCAUGGAGAUGCGUGGGCUCUUCGCAACGGGCCUGCAGGUCGCGAUUGCGUUCGGCUCGCUCGCCGUCACGACGUGCCACUACUUUAUCGGCUACUCGUACGGCUGGCGGCUAUUGGUCGGUUUCCCGAUCGCGCUCGGCGGUCUUCAGAUUUUUCUUCUUCCGUUCACGGCCAAGAGCCCUGUCUGGCUCAUUUCCGUCGGCAAGCCCGAGUUGGCCCUCGCCGAACUCAACCGGUUGUACCUGCCGUGCGAUACGGAGGCCAUUCUGCGUGCGAUCCAAGCGUCGCACGACGAGAUGGUUGAGGAGACGGUCGGCAUCAACCCGUGGCAGUCGCUCUUCUCGAAACGCUACCGUCUCCAGCUCACGAUUGCGAUCGUGCUCUGCUUGGCCAAGCAGCUCUGCGGUAUCAACGCCGUCAUGUACUACUCGUCGUCCAUCUUUGCGAGCGCUGGCGUGAACGACCCACGGAUCGGCAACACGAUCAUCAACGUGGUGCGCACAGCGGGCAUGGUGUUUGCGGCCAAGGUCAUGGACAAGUUCCGCCGACGCACGCUUCUCCUCUUUGGCAUGGGCGUCAUGGCGGCGGCGGCGACGUGCAUCUCGAUCUCGCUCAUAUUCUCUAGCCCGAUCCUCUCGGUGCUUGCGACUGCAGUGUAUGUCGGCGCGUACUGCUUCUCGAUCGGCUCGAUGGCGUGGAUGGUUACCGCCGAGAUCUUUCCAGACUUUCUGCAUGCGAGCGCGGGCGGCAUUGGCACCAUGUUUACCUUUAGCGGUGAUUUUCUGGUCGGUGUCUCGUACCCGACGCUUUCCAAGCCGGACGUGCUCAGCGACUAUGCGUUCCUCAUCUUCCUUGGCUUCCUCGUCAUCUUCAUCGUCUUUACGUACUUUGUCGUGCCCGAGACUGCCCAGCGCACGUUUGACGAGAUCCAAGCCGAGUUUGACCGCGUCUCGCCGCCGUCGCCCAAGCCCGUCACUGAAGUCGACCCGUUCGAUAGCUUCAAGUAG